CUGUGUGGGGAACAUGAGAGCCAGACCAAAGCUCAGAGAAACCAACCUGGACCUCCACCCAGCUGUGUUUCCCUAAAGAGUGACGCAUCUAAGCAUGCAGACAUUGCUUUUCAAGUUGAGCAGACGUCUGCUGCAGAGAGACAGAGGAAGAGGAGAGUUGUUUGUGAGCACAAGGAGCUGUCCUGCUGCGUUUUAUCUGAGGACGUCCUGAAGGAUUUUCGUCUGCAGGAGGUUUUAUAUGAACUUAAGAUCAGUCUGAGGAGGAGAUGUGAACGUGUGACUGAAGGAAGUGAUGAAACAGGAAGUAGAACCCUCCUCAACAGGAUCUACACUGAGCUCUACAUCACAGAGGGACAGAGUGAAGAGGUUCAUACCCAACAUGAGGUGAGGCAGCUGGAGACAGCUUCCAAGAUGGACGCCCUCCAUGAUACUCCAAUCAGGUGCCAUGACAUCUUUAAAGCCUUACCUGACCAACAGAGACCCAUCAGAUUGGUUCUGAUGAACGGCAUCGCUGGUGUUGGAAAAACCUUCACAGUGCAGACGUUUACUCUGGGCUGGGCAGAGGGCUUGGAGAACCAACAUGUCAGUGUGGUGAUUCUGCUUUCAUUCAGGGAGCUGAACCUGAUCAGAGAUGAGCAGUACAGUCUUCUGGAGCUGCUCCAUAUUUUCCAUCCAACAUUACAGAAGGUCACAGCAGAGAAGCUCGCUGUCUGUAAACUUUUGUUUAUCUUUGACGGCCUGGAUGAAAGCAGACUUUCAUUGGAUUUUACCAACAGGAAGCUGGUGUCUGAUGUCACACAGAAGUCAUCAGUCAGCCAGCUGCUGACAAACCUCAUCCAGGGGAAUCUGCUUCCCUCGGCUCUCGUCUGGAUAACUUCCCGACCUGCAGCAGCCAAUCAGAUCCCUCCUACAUGUGUUGACAGGGUAACAGAAGUACGAGGCUUCACUGACGCCCAGAAGGAGGAGUACUUCAGGAAGAGAUUCAGUGAUGAAGAGCUGUCCAGCAGAAUCAUCUCCCACAUGAAGACAUCCAGGAGCCUCCACAUCAUGUGUAGAAUCCCAGUCUUCUGCUGGAUCACUGCUACAGUUCUGGAGCACAUGUUGACUACAGAGCAGAGAGGAGAGCUGCCCAAGACCCUGACUGACAUGUACUCACACUUCCUGCUGGUUCAGACAAAUAGGAAGAAGAACAAGUACCAUGAGGGACAUGAGACGAGUCCACAGGAGCUGAUGGAGGCUGACAGGGAAGUUCUUCUGAAGCUGGGGAGGCUGGCGUUUGAAAAUCUUGAGAAAGGAAACAUCAUGUUCUACCAAGAAGACCUGGAGCAGUGUGGUCUGGAUGUCACAGAGGCCUUGGUGUACUCGGGAAUUUGUACAGUGAUCUUCAAAAGAGAGUGUGUGAUCUUCCAGAAACCAGUCUACUGCUUUGUUCAUCUGAGCAUUCAGGAGUUUCUGGCUGCAGUCUACAUGUUCCACUGUUACACCAACACGACAGUGAAGGUGGUAGUGGACUUCCUGAGGAUGGACUACAAUGAGCCAUCUCUGAAUGUUUUUCUGAAGAGAAUAAUGAAAAAAUCCCUCCAAAGUAAAAAUGGCCACCUGGACCUGUUUGUUCGCUUCCUUCAUGGCCUUUCUCUGGAGUCCAACCAGAGACUCUUAGGAGGUCUACUGGGUCAGACAGAGAACAGUCAAGAAAUCAUCCAGAAAGUCAUCAACAACAUGAAGAAGAUAAACAGUGAUGAAAUAUCUCCUGACAGAAGCAUCAACAUCUUCCACUGUCUGAUGGAGAUGAACGACCUCUCAGUACAUCAGGAGAUUCAAAAGUUCCUGAAGUCAGAGAGCAGAUCAGAGAGACUCUCUGAGAUCCACUGCUCAGCUCUGGCCCUCAUGCUGCAAAUGUCAGAGGAGGUUCUGGAUGAGUUGGACCUGCAGAAGUAUAACACAUCAGAGCAGGGACGACGUAGACUAAUUCCAGCUGUGAGGAACUGCAGAAAGGCUCGACUGAUUCAAUGUGGACUGUCAGAGACUCACUGUGAAGUUGUGGCUUCGGCUCUGAAGUCCAACCCCUCCCAUCUGACAGAGCUGGACAUGAGUAGAAAUGAACUGCAGGACUCAUCAGUGAAGCUUCUGUGUGCUGGAUUGAAGAGUCCAAACUGUCGAGUGGAGACUCUGAGACUGAGUGCUUGUUUCCACUCAGACAGUAGCUGUGAAGCUCUGUCCUCAGUUCUCAGGUCCCAGUCCUGUAGUCUCAGAGAGCUAGACCUGAGUAACAACAACCUACAAGAUUCAGGAGUGAAGCUUCUCUCUGCGGAACUGCAGAGUUUACAUUGUACACUGGUAUCUCUGAGGCUAAGUGGUUGUUUCCUUUCAGAGAAAAGCUGUGAAGCUCUGUCCUCAGUUCUCAGUUCUCAGUCCUCUGGUCUAAGAGUGCUGGACGUGAGUAACAACAACCUGCAAGAUUCAGGAGUGAUGCUUCUGUCUGCUGCACUGCAGAGUCCUCACUGUACACUUGAAACUCUGAGGCUAAGUGGUUGUUUCCUCACAGAGAGAAGCUGUGAAGCUUUGUCUCCAGUUCUUCGCUCCCAGUCCUCUAGUCUUAAAGAGCUGGACCUGAGUAACAACAACAUUAAAGAAUCUGGAGUGAAGCUUCUGUCUGCUGAACUGCAGAGUCCACACUGUACCCUUGAAACUCUGAGGCUGAGUGGUUGUUUCCUCUCAAAGGAAAGCUGUGAAGUUCUGUCUCCAGCUCUCAGCUGCCAGUCCUUUAGUCUGACAGAGCUGGACCUCAGUAACAAUGACCUGGGGGAUUCAGGAGUGAAGCUUCUGUCUGCUGCAGUGGAGAGUCCACAUUGUACACUUAAAACUCUGAGGCUGUCAGGCUGUCUGAUCAGAGGGGAAGGCUGUACUUCUCUGGCUACAGCUCUGAGCUCCAACCCCUCCCAACUGAAAGAGCUGGACCUGAGCUACAAUGAUCCAGGAGACUCAGGAAAGGAGCUGCUGUCUGUUGGACUGAAGGAUCCACAUUGGAGACUGGACAGUCUCAGGUAUGGAGAGAAUUUGUGAUAGAGGAGGAAGUGC